GGAGGAAGGAGGUGCUGCUGCUAGCUCUGCACUCUCACUCUCGGUACUACUAGUACUGGGUGUCUUCUUCCUGCGUGCUGCACUAGUCAUGAUGAGAGUGGUGUGUAAGUGAGGACAUUGGAGCAGCUGGGGUCCAGGCUGAGGAAGAGGAGCUGCCACCCUGUUACCCCUGCCUGCCUGCAGAGCUGCAGCCAUACACAGACAGAAACAUGUCAUCUGGAGAACUCAACUGGCCGACUCCAAUGAAGGCAAUUGGCGCUCAGAACCUAAUGACAAUGCCGGGGGGAGUCACCAUCUCAGGAUAUCUGCAUAAAAGAGGAGGGAAACAACUGCAGCUGUUUAAAUGGCCCCUGAGAUUUGUUAUAAUACAUAAGGGAUGUGUGUACUACUUUAAGUCCAGCACCUCCGCCGCAUCACAAGGAGCCUUCUCACUAAACGGCUACAACAGGGUAAUGCGGGCAGCAGAAGAGACCACGUCUAGUAACGUCUUCCCCUUCAAGAUGGUCCACAUCAGUAAGAAGCAUCGUACGUGGUACUUCUCUGCGGCAUCUGAAGAUGAGCGUAAGAAAUGGAUGCUACACCUGAGGAAAGAGAUUGACCAUUACCACGAAAAGAAGGAAACCAUCACAGAUUUGAGUGACACCGGUUCAGACACAGACAGUUUCUAUGGAUCGGUGGAGCGCCCUGUGGAUAUUAAAUAUAUACACAAUCCAGCAGAUGACAGCUGGCAGGAUGAAGAUGACGAUGAAGAAGACUAUGAGCAGCCAGAUGUAAUUGAUGACAGUGCACCAAGCUAUCCUCCACCACCAGUUCCAAGGCAACCAAAGUCUACAGAAGAAAAUCAAAGGAGAUUUUCUGCAUCAGCAACACCAAAGCCCCCAUCUCCUCUUCCUCGUCCCCAAAAGGUUUUAUCUCAGCUAGACUUAACAAGUUCACGGAGAGAUUAUGGCAUGCAAAAUCACAACUUGUCUGACUCAGGUGGGAGGCCUCCUCCGAUCCCGGUAUUCCCACCUGCUCACAAACCAGGAGAGUCACUACCUCCUCCUCUUCCUCCGUUAAAAAGCUUAUCUGACAAAGCUGAAAAAGAACUGUCUUAUUCCAGAAGAGAGUUCCAACGCCUACCAGUUUCCAGUGGUGCAAAACCAUCAUCUCCACCUCCACAACGGCCAUCUCAUCGAGUGACUCCGACAGUCUUGCCUACAUCAUCUCGCCCAAAAACAGACCUCAUAACCAGUCAAUCCUUCGAAACCAAGAUUGGUUAUCAACAAUCAUGUGCGAUGGUAAAUGGUUUAUUAAGUAGAGAACUCAACAGCAGGUUCAACAAUGCACCUCCUCCGGUACCAGAGAAACCACCGGUCAAACCUAACCAUAUACUGGCUCCAGUGUUAACGGUGAAGCCUGAAGCACCCAGUCACCCCCCACCGAUUCCAAGAAACAAGCCCAAAAUAUUUGAUGUAGAGAAAUCACCUGACACCUCUUCAUCUUCUGUAAUGAAACCUGUACCUAUCAAGCCACGCACUGUGCCGAAACCUCCUACUCCUUUUAAAUCACAAAUAAAGACUGAAUUUGAUAGACAUGGAUUCUCAUUAAUAGCGAGAUCUUCCCCUGAUGGGCAGAGUAUUAAAGAUAUCCCAAUGGAUGAUAAAAGUGACAGUGAUCAAGACUAUGAAAAGGUUCCCUUACCUGCUACUGUCUUUAUUGAUACCUGUGAUUCUGCAGAUGUUGAAAGGAUGUUCAAAGCUACGGAUGCCAGAGGAGGCCCCCUGAAUGGACUCUUCUGCAUUAGAAAUUCUGCAAGGGCCGGAAAGGUUCUUGUUGUAUGGGAUGGCGUUAAUUCAAAGUUAAGAAACUACCGCAUUUUUGAAAAGGGCUCCAAAGUUUACCUAGAGCAAGACAUAUUAUUUCCAGAUGUUGCUUCUUUAGUUGAACACUACUAUGAGAGCAAAUUGCCCAGCCACGAAAACCUACUUCUUAAACAUGCCUAUGGGUGCCCCGGUAACUCCAGGUGACGAAAACGAUAAGGACACUUUGUGUACACUGUUCAGAUGUGUGAAACUAUGGACAUUAAUGAGGUGUGUUGGGGUUCUCAAUACAAGUGGUAAACCCCCAUUAUGGUCACUUCAUACCGACAGGGUUCCACAUUCAUGGUCAAGAAACAAGAUCAAGGUUUGUACUGUGAACAUGUGAUGACUGGAGAACUACAUUUAAUACGCAAAAUAUCCAACUCCAGCUGUCACUGGUGUAUUUCCUCUUCGCGGCGAAGGUAACAUACAGGCAUAUCCAAUGUAAACAAGCCGAUUGAAUUAAUGAUGGUAGCUAUGGCGGAGAAGGAAUCUUGGAAAAAGAGGAAUUUUAAAGUGGACAAGGGAAGAAGUAACAAAGAGAUGGACACUGACUUACAGUAUAGGGUAGAUCUGUUUAAAGAGCAACUAUAUAUUAUUAAAGUGAAUGUGUCGCUUUAACACUAUGGAGGCAUGUAUUUUGUGACCCGGACUUAUUGUCAUGAGCUUGUGGUCUAUAGGUUUACUGAGGGCUAUUUACAUAACUGGUGAAGUGGCUCAUAAUAGGCCACAUUGGGCCUUAUUCAGAGAUGUAUGCUAGUGCAUUUGCAGCGGAUGAGUGGAAAUGCUGCCGCUGCCUGGAAAUGGACUGAGAUGUCCACUAGUGGCCUCAAAAAUAUCAGCAUCUGCGUACAAAGACACCGGGACGGUCACAGAUGCUUGAUAAUCAACCAUCUGAUUAGCCCUAUGGUCGAGCAGAAUUUUAGCCCUACGGUCGAGCAGAAUGGCCUCAUGCGUUAAGACGCAGUUUUCUGCGUACAAGAUUGCAGUCGCAGCCUGAAACAUGCGCCCCAAACUGUUAUGACAUGUCUGCGUUUUUGCUGCCACUUCCCUGUUUCCUUCCCCAAACGACUCCUGACGGUCAAUCACUAUGUGCAUAUAUAUUCACUGCAAGCGGCAUCGUUAAGGUACCUUGAUGUGUGCGCAGUGCAACUUAGAUGCAUGCGCAGAUUGGCGAAAAUCGCUCAACUGCGAAAACAUCGGCAAAGCGUACAGCUCUAAACCAGACCUGUUGUCAGUUAUUUUUUUUUUAUUAAACCUAUUCUUGUAUCUCGCAUUUCAGUCCAGUAAAUUGGCAGAACAUUCCUGGAACUCAAAGGUACGAAUACAGUAAAAAAGAAAAUGCCACACGAGGGAAUACCUUCAGACAGUUGGCAAUAAAAAUAUUUAUUGCCAUCUGCUGAAUAAAAUAAAUCUAUUGACAAUUACAUAUGAUGGUCUUUAUUCUAGUCCAGAGGUUCUCAAACGUGGUCCUCAAGGCACCCUAGCAGUCCAGGUUUUAGUUGUAUCCAUGGCUCAGCACAGAUGGUUAAAUCAAAUUGACUGAGGUGCUAAUUAAGUCACCUGUGGUCAAACAUGGAUAAACUUAAAACCUGACCCGUUGGGGUGCCUUGAGGACCGCAUUUGAGAACCUCUGUUUUAGUCCAUUCUGCCUGUGCAUAAGAAAGGCAUCUCCGAUCCAGGUAAUUUAUGUACCUGUUGUGUUUAAACUUGUAUAUGUGCCUCAGACUAUGAACUAUUUUCCUGUUCAAGCUUAUAACAGAAGUAGGCCAGAUAAGGAUGUGGUAGAAGGGGUUGAGGUAGUAGGACCAGCCAUGGGUUGGAUGAGCAGGAUGGGGUGGAGUAAAAGACCUGGGAUAGGGUUAGAGGACCAGGUAUGAGGUGGUUGACCCAGUAUGUCCAUCCAACUUUAGGCUUUUACCUCAAACCCCAGACAAUUUAUGAAACCUUGUACUGUUCAUAUUGUAAUGUGCUUGGCAUAGUUCUGAGUUAUCUCGUUCACCUUCAUUUCCAGAUUGGUUGCAUUUAUUUAUUUUGUCUUGAAUAGUCAUUGAUGUUGUCUGUUUUGGCUACCGUCCACAUUUGUGAUAGCUCAAGAUGUAUUAUAUUGUGAUGCCAAAUGCCUGAAGGUAAACCAUUAGCUAUAGUGUUCAUUCUAGCACCCUGCACCUUUCAAAAUCCGUGCAGUUCCUCUUUCCUGGCUGGGGUGUCGCUCUCUGCUGUGAUGCUUCUCAGCACACUAUGAUCUGUUACUCAGUGCUGUGAUACAGACUGGUGUGUGCCGAGAAGCACCAGAGC